AUGGAGGCAUGUGACAAAUUUCGAAAAUGGGAAGAAUUGAUACCCGAUGCACUUGGAUUAAUAUUCAAGAAUCUUACGCUACUCGAGAUGCUAACCGUGGUGCCAAGAGUUUGCAAAUCAUGGGGAAAAGUUGUAAAGGGGCCUUACUGUUGGCAAGAGAUAGACAUCGAGGAGUGGAGCAAAGGCUGCAAGCCCGAAACCCUCGACCGAAUGCUCGAAAUGCUGAUCACAAGAAGCUGUGGUUCACUGAGAAAACUUGCUGUUUCAAGUCUCUCCAAUGACCAAAGCUUUUUGUUCAUAGAAAAACACGCUCAAUCCCUGCGGGCCCUACGCCUCCCUAGGUGCGAGAUAACCGACCCAAUCAUGGCUCGGGCGGCCACUUCACUAUCGUCCCUCACUUCCCUCGACCUCAGCUACUGCAUACGGGUCGGGGCCCGCGGGCUCGAGGCUGUGGGCCGAGCCUGCAGGUCCUUGACGAGCCUUCGACGCGUAAUGCACCCGCUUGAGGUGGUCGGUAAGCCUUCCCAAGAUGACGAGGCACUUGCGGUGGCGGCCACUAUGCCUCGACUUCGCCACCUCGAGAUUGCUUACUUGCUCGUUCGAACUCAUAGUGUUGUGGAGAUAAUCAAGAAUUGUAAGGAUCUUGAAUUGCUCGAUGUUCGUGGGUGUUGGGACGUGAAUUUGGAGGAGGGGUUUUUGAAGGGGUUCAUGGGGCUUAGGGUCAUGGGGCCCGUUGUCGUGGAUUGUUACGAUGUUUGCUCGGAGUUUUCGGGUUCUUCGGGGUAUUUGGCGUGGGAUUUUGUGGCGGGGGAAGGUUUGAAUGGUGAUGAUGAUGAGGAUGAUGAUGAUGAUUGGUAUGGGUAUGAUGAUGAUGAUGAUGAUGAUGAUGUGUAUGGUGGGAUGAUGGGCCAUGAUGAUGAUGAUGGGGGGUCGAUGGAAGAUGUUGAGAUGUGGUUUUACGACGAUGUGGAUGCGGUUGAUGCGGGUUACGAUUGGCCUCAAUCUCCUUGA